CUCAGUAUAUUACUUUACUUUGACUAGGAUGGCUCGGCUGACCGGGAUAAAAAUAAUUUCAAUCUUGUGCCUGUUCCUGGCCACUGUCCAAGGCCAAGGACAGUUCGACUACCAGCCUUGCGGUGGAUCGAACAACUAUUUCUGCGUGCCGCGCCCUAGGUGCAAAAUUCAAUUGGGCUAUCGAUCUCUAGUGAGUGGCAACUUAGGAUGCCCCUCCACAUCGAGAUGCUGUCCCCAGAAGUUAAUACUUGACCAAGUAGUCAUCGACGUCCAAGAGCCAGUUAACCCCAGCUGCGGGCGUAUUAACCCGAAAGGAACGACCUUUGGAAUAGGUGACCUACAGUACUUGGCCCAGGAGAACGAGUUUCCGUGGAUGGUGGCCUUGCUCGAUGCAACAGAUAAAAGCUACGUGGCCGGCGGCGCCCUGAUCGCUUUGCAUGUCGUGAUCUCGGUCAGGCAGAAAAUCGAUGACAUGAACCCCGAGCAGCUUCUUGUGCGGGCUGGCGAAUGGGACUUUAAGACCGAAACCGAGCAUUAUCGUCAUGUGGAUGCUGAGGUCAAGCAGAUUGUGCGUCAUCCUGAUUUUGAUAUGAAUAGCGGAGCCAAUAAUGUGGCCCUUCUCUUUCUCAAACGAUCGCUUAAGGCUAGCAUCCAUAUUAAUCCCAUAUGCCUGCCGGAAGGACCAAAGAACUUUGAUUUAAGCCGCUGCAUCUUCACUGGAUGGGGCAAGAAGUCCUUCGAAGACUUCACCCACAUGAACAUCAUGAAGAAGAUUGAGCUACCGGUGGUUCAGAGCAGUACGUGUCAGCAUGCUAUAAGCCAAUAUCUAGGAGGCGAGUUCGUUCUACACAACAGCCUAAUGUGCGCCGGCGGUGAAAAAGACAAGGACUCCUGCAUGGGCGAUGGUGGCUCUCCGCUGGCCUGUCCAAGACAGGACGAUCCUGAGCGGUAUGAACUGGCGGGCCUUGUCAACUUCGGCGUACAAUGUGGAAUACCGGGAGUCCCGGGCGUUUAUGUUAAUGUGGCCAACCUUCGCCAAUGGAUUAAUAGGGCGACCACAGAUGGUCCCUUACCUGAUGAAAUGAAUAGUUUUGACCAGGGUCACUAUGAACAUGUACAACGAGUCAAUCCACAUAGGUGGACUCUAAAUGAGGCCGAUAAAAAUCUUGCUUAUAGCAAUGGAAAUGGUCAAAAUGGAAUUAUUGGACAGCAUAACCCAGUGAACAAUAUACCUCCCCAACCAGUCAAUCCAAGUGAGUUUUUUAUUCACGAGCCCAAUCCAAAUCAUGCUUUUGGCAAUGGAUAUGGUCAAAAUGGAAUUAUUGGACAGCAUAACCCAGUGAACAACAUACCUUUCCAACCAGUCAAUCCAAGUAAGUUUGUUGCUCACGAGGCCAAUCCAAACCAUGCUUAUGGCAAUGGAAAUGCUCAAAAUAACUUUGGGAAUAGGCCCUAUCAACAGAUUGACGCGUCUGCUCAAGGAAAUAAUCAACGCGACCAAGAUUCCGGCAAUAGUGAAAACUUGUCUCAUAUAUUUACAUCUACAAUGGGCUACGAAUUGAAUUGAUUUUAUAAUUUUGUAUAUUUUAGUGGUAUACUUAUUCAGGAAAAAUUAAAUUGUUUAGAUGAAAGAUGAAUAAAGAAUAAAAGUUAAUUUCUUGAAGUA